AUGAGCUUUUUGUUGCGUCGCAAUUCCAGUCAGCUGCGUCUGCUGAUGGCAGCUGGCAAUAAAAUCACGCGCCCCGCCCUCUCCACCACAGCCUCCUCCUGCUACUCCUCCUCAUCAUCGUCGUCGUCGUCUCCGUCAAGUGAUAACAACAAUGUAAAUGCCGUAUCACCUGGCGCAUCACGUCAACGCAAAUCAACGCCAUCUGUCCCAGAUGCUGACAUCAAGAAAUCUGUCUUUAUCUCGCAAUCGCAUGACAUAUUCACCAAUUUGGCUCUAGAGGAUUGGCUAUAUAAGAACUUUGAUUUUAGCCAUCAUCAUGUCUUGCUGCUGUGGGCCAAUGAUCCGUGUGUGGUAAUUGGAAGACAUCAGAAUCCCUUUACCGAGGCAAAUGUAUCCAAGUUGAUGGAGCGGGGUAUCACCCUGGCACGCCGGAAUAGCGGAGGUGGAGCUGUCUAUCAUGAUCGUGGCAAUCUGAAUUGUACCUUCUUUACGCCCCGUGAGCGUUACGAUCGGAAAUACAAUUUGAAUAUCGUUACACGUGCCCUGUUUCGGGAGUGGGCCAUAAAGGCAGAGAUCAAUGAGCGCGAUGAUAUUGUUAUAUUGAACAAGAAGAUUUCUGGUACAGCUGCCAAACUGGGUCAUCCGAAUUCCUAUCAUCAUUGCACUUUGCUGGCCACCGCAAAUAAAUUGCAUUUGGGUGAAUCUUUGAUUAAGGAGCCAGCCAAUUAUAUAAGUCGCGCCACCGCCUCUGUACCCUCGUCCAUACGUAAUCUGGUGGAUGUGAAUCGCAAUGUCACCGUCGCCCAGUUGCUCUCCGCUGUGGGUUAUGAAUACUUGAGGACCACGGCCACAGCUCUAGAGGAUGGCGGCAGUGUGCAGACCAUGCAACAGCGUGGCUUUCAACUAAUCAAUCCCACUGAGAAAUGGUUCCCGGGCAUUGAAGAGUUGCGUGCCAACUAUAGUUCUUGGGAUUGGGUUAUUGGUAAAACUCCCAAAUUCACUGUCGAAAAGGAUCUGGAACUAAAAGAAGAUCAACAUGGCAUGAAGAUCAAGCUGAGCGUUGAUGUGGAGGCGGGCUUGAUGAAGGACAUUUGCAUACAAUUGCCGCAGAGCGAGCAGCGAGUGCCAGUUGUUACACCACUUCAAGGCAAGGCCUACAAUGAACAGAAUUUGAAUGGCAUUGUUGCCGCUCUGAAGCUUGUCUCCACCUCGAAUGUGAAACAGGCAAUGAAUGGUUCAGUCUGACAGCUGUACACACCUAAAAUCAAAAGUUGAAAUCUUUGCGCAAUUCGUUUCAUUAAUCUGUCUAACACUAUAGGUUAUCAAUUAUUAUGUUCCGCCAUAACCUAUAUAAAUAAUAAUUUUACUAAUCUAGUUUUUAAAUACAAAAUCUAUAUAUACUUUUGAUAUGUAUAUACAUAUGUACAUGUAUAUAUUUUUCCAAUGUUUUAUAUGCAAUAAAAUUAUGUUGAAACAUAAA